GACCGUGGAUCCGCUCCUCCAGGACGCGAGGCGCUGGGAAUGCCGCCGAGGCACCCCUCGCCCGCCCCGCUUGGCGCCUGCGCGCCCGCCCUCCCGCGGGGCCCCGGUGGGGUGCUACUGGCUGUGGGGUGCUACUGGCCGUGGGGUGCAGGCAGCAGCUCGCCCCGCCGCGGGACUGCCGGAGCAGGCUGAGCUCCCACCUCCUGUAACUUGCGGAGCGGUCUCUGCGCUUUCCUGUCACGUUUCCGAUUUCACGCCUAUGAGUCUCCCCACCUCUGACCCAGCCCCGUUUUUCUCUUCCAGUCAAAUAGGGGGCCUCCCACAGCAGCGGACCCUUCCUUUUCAUCUGCUCCUGCACCCUUCAGGUCAGACUGCAAUGAGUGGACUGAGGUCUCCUGAGCUGCUGGGGCUGGUGCUCUUAAUGCUCUCAGCAGGAUAUUGCAAAGAGAAAACUGAUUCUGCAGAUUUGAAGGACAGGCAAAGUCUCUUAAAUCUGAUAAUGGAAAUCAUUCAGGAACUGAAAAGGUACCACCUGGAGAAGGACAGUGGGGUGCAGUACUUCUCCAAAGAUGACUAUAACUUAGAUCGAAGGGAAGUGGCUGACUAUGAAGGUUACCAGGAUGAGCAGAGAGUUGAAAUAGUUCCCAGAGAUCUGAGGAUGAAAGACAAGUUCUUAAAGCACUUAACAGGUCCACUCUACUUUAGCCCAAAAUGUAGUAAACACUUUCAUCGGCUUUAUCACAAUACAAGAGACUGCACCAUCCCAGCGUAUUAUAAAAGAUGUGCCAGGCUUCUUACUCGGUUGGCAGUAAGCCCAAUGUGCAUGGAAGGAUGA